AUGUCAAUAUGGGACUACAGCGAAUUCGACGAAAUAUUGCCCGGAGGUGUGGUUAGACGUACAUGCAGAUAUGACAAGACUACUAGUGCAAGAGUUAUUAGCGGUAUUCUCACAGCGGGCCUUUCGGAAAUAAACGCAUUAAAUAAGAAUCGCAUAGAUACAUUUGCAUAUUAUUAUGCGAACGAACAUCUUGGCACGACAACAGAUGAAGCCGCCGCAACUGCAAAUAGAAAAGCCGCAGAAUCUUGUAAUCAAGGGAACUUCCAAGAAGCACAAAACCUGUUCAAUGCCGCUUAUUACACAUGUCCUAGUGGCCAUUCUGAUGAACAGAUAUUUUUAAACAGUAAGACUGCGACAGCAUUUGCUGUUGAGGGACAAAAUCUUCUUUGCGUUGGCAAGUUUUCAGAAGCACAAGCCAAACUCCGGGCAGCUUAUGAUCACUCGACGGUCAGUACCAUUAAAAACAUAUUUGGAAACUGUCACAAUGCAACCAUUCCUGCCAUUGAGGGACAAAACCUUCUAAACGCCGGUAAAUUUCCAGAAGCACAGGUCAAAUUUCGGGCCGCUUACGAUCAAUCGAUGGACACUGUCGCUAAAAGCGUAUUCGGAAACUGUAACAAUGCAAUGGUUCCUGCCAUUGAGGGACAAAAUCUUAUAAACGCCGGGAAGUUUUCAGAAGCGCAGGUCAAAUUUCGGGCCGCUUACGAUCAAUCGACGGACACUGUCGCUAAAAACGUAUUCGGAAACUGUAACAAUGCAAUGAUUCCUGUCAUUGAUGGACAAAACCUUCUAACCGCCGGUAGGUUCUCAGAAGCACAAGUGAAAUUUCGAGCAGCUUAUGAUCUAUCGACGGUCAGUGCUGUUAAAGACAUAUUCAGUAAUUGUAACAAUGCAACGAUUCUGGCUAUUGAGGGUCAAAGUCUUUUGAACGCUGGCAAGUUCUCGCAAGCCGCUAUCAAGUUUCAAGAAGCCGUUGAUAAGUCGAUUGUCAGCACCAUUAGUGCUAAAUUGUCAACGUGUAGAGAUGGCGUACGGAUUGCAGCUGAUAGAGAAGCUCUAAAAAUUGUCGAGGAGAAAAGGGCAGCUGACAAACUGGCGGCCAUGAGACUUGCAGCCGAGAAACUUGCCGCUGAGAAAAAGGCAGCUGAGAAACAGGCAGCCAAGAAACUUGCGGCCGAAGAACGAAAAGCCCAGGAGAUUGCAGCAAUGAAAGAAGAAGCUGGGCAGCGCGUUAGAAAUUCUGCAGUACGGGCAGCCGAACAGUCGACUGAAAAACUUGCAGCCCGCUGGAAGGAAUUGGCUGAAGCAUUAAAACUAAAUGAAGAAGGACUGAAGUUAUACCGGAAAGGGAAAUUAAACGCAGCGGCAUCUCAAAUAGAAUCGGCACUUGAUAAGUAUGAAGAAGCAGUCGUAAAAUUUAAUGCAGCUGCGAAGACGAAGGCAUUAGAUAUUAUUUUUAAUUCUUUUAUAAUGGUAAUAGCUGCAUUUAUCGAACAAGAAGCUUUUGACGAAGCUCAGAAAGCUAUUGACUAUGCUAAAGGGCAUUUUCCUAAUAAAACUGAUGCUUUUACCGAAGCAAAACGAAUGAUAGUCGACAAUGAUUACUCUACUAAUUACGAAGAUCGAUAUCUGGUUCAAUUAAAUCAGGAUUUAAUUGAGAAUAAUAUCAUGGAACAUUCAGAAGGAUAUUAA